UCGUAAUUAUUGUCAUUGGUCGUCAAAAUGGCGACCACGAAUGAUUCGAAGGCGCCUUUGCGCCAAGUUAAAAGAGUACAAUUUGGCAUUUUAUCUCCAGAUGAAAUCCGUCGCAUGUCAGUCACAGAAGGGGGAAUUCGUUUCCCAGAAACAAUGGAAGGGGGAAGGCCCAAACUUGGUGGGCUUAUGGAUCCUCGACAAGGGGUGAUAGACAGAAGUUCUCGAUGCCAAACCUGCGCUGGAAAUAUGACAGAAUGCCCUGGACACUUUGGCCACAUUGAUUUAGCCAAACCAGUAUUUCAUAUUGGUUUUAUUACCAAAACAAUUAAAGUAUUAAGAUGUGUUUGUUUUUAUUGCUCAAAAUUACUUGUCAGUCCUACAAAUCCAAAAAUCAAAGAAGUGGUAAUGAAAUCUAAAGGUCAACCACGUAAAAGGUUGACUUAUGUAUAUGACCUUUGCAAGGGUAAAAAUAUUUGUGAGGGUGGAGAAGAUAUGGAUAUUGGAAAAGAAGGGGAAGAAGGCAAAAGGGGCACAGGACAUGGAGGUUGUGGUCAUUACCAACCUUCUAUCAGGCGGCAAGGGUUAGAUCUGACAGCAGAAUGGAAACAUGCUAAUGAAGACACACAAGAUAAAAAGAUAAUAAUAACCGCAGAACGGGUUUAUGAAAUAUUAAAACACAUAACAGAUGAAGAUUCCUUUAUUUUGGGUAUGGACCCCAAAUUUGCCAGACCCGAUUGGAUGAUCGUCACAGUCCUUCCUGUACCACCUCUUGCAGUCAGACCCGCUGUAGUUAUGUUUGGAUCUGCUAAAAACCAGGAUGAUUUGACCCAUAAGCUUGCUGAUAUUAUAAAAGCUAAUAAUGAGUUGAUGAGAAAUGAACAAUCAGGAGCUGCGGCUCAUGUUCUAACUGACAAUAUCAGAAUGUUACAGUUCCAUGUUGCGACAUUUGUUGAUAAUGACAUGCCAGGAAUGCCUAAGGCUAUGCAAAAAUCUGGUAAACCCUUGAAAGCCAUAAAAGCAAGACUAAAAGGCAAAGAAGGUAGAAUUCGUGGAAAUCUUAUGGGAAAACGUGUUGAUUUCUCAGCUAGAACAGUAAUUACACCUGAUCCUAAUUUGCGCAUUGACCAAGUAGGUGUCCCAAGAUCUAUUGCACAAAAUUUGACAUUCCCCGAGCUUGUAACGCCCUUCAACAUUGAUCGGAUGCAAGAACUCGUGCGAAGAGGAAACGCACAGUACCCAGGUGCAAAAUACAUUGUUCGGGAUAAUGGUGAAAGAAUAGAUUUAAGAUUCCACCCCAAACCAUCAGAUUUGCAUCUACAAUAUGGCUACAAAGUUGAGCGUCACUUGAGAGAUGAUGAUUUGGUUAUCUUCAACCGACAACCAACACUACAUAAGAUGAGUAUGAUGGGUCAUAGGGUCAAAGUAUUACCAUGGUCAACAUUUCGUAUGAACUUGAGUUGUACUUCGCCGUACAAUGCUGAUUUCGACGGCGAUGAAAUGAAUUUACAUGUACCCCAGUCUAUGGAAACACGAGCGGAAGUUGAAAACAUACACAUAACGCCUCGUCAAAUUAUAACUCCACAAGCUAAUAAACCAGUCAUGGGUAUUGUGCAAGAUACACUGACUGCUGUCAGAAAAAUGACAAAACGAGACGUAUUUUUAACGAAAGAGCAAGUAAUGAACUUGCUUAUGUUUUUACCAACAUGGGAUGGAAAAAUUCCACAACCUUGCAUCCUGAAGCCACAACCGCUUUGGACAGGAAAACAAAUAUUUACUCUGAUCAUUCCUGGAAAUGUCAAUAUGGUGCGUACUCAUUCCACACAUCCUGAUGAUGAAGACGAUGGUGUUAAUAGAUGGAUAUCACCUGGAGACACUAAAGUAAUUGUGGAACACGGGGAACUUCUUAUGGGUAUUCUGUGUAAGAAAUCUCUUGGUGCAUCUGCUGGUUCUUUACUGCAUAUAUGUAUGUUGGAGUUAGGACAUGAAAUAGCUGGUCGUUUUUACGGUAACAUUCAAACUGUCAUCAAUAAUUGGCUACUAUUGGAAGGUCACUCCAUUGGUAUUGGGGAUACAAUUGCUGAUCCUCAAACAUAUCAAGAAAUCCAAAGGGCUAUUGUGAAGGCUAAAGAUGAUGUCAUAGAAGUUAUACAGAAAGCUCACAAUAUGGAGCUUGAGCCAACUCCUGGUAAUACUCUGAGGCAAACUUUCGAAAAUCAGGUCAAUCGUAUUCUUAACGACGCUCGUGACAAAACUGGUGGUUCAGCCAAAAAGUCUCUAACAGAGUACAAUAACCUUAAAGCUAUGGUAGUCGCUGGUUCCAAAGGAUCAAACAUCAAUAUUUCACAAGUCAUUGCUUGCGUGGGUCAGCAAAACGUCGAAGGAAAGCGUAUUCCGUUUGGCUUCCGUAAGAGAACAUUGCCGCAUUUUAUCAAAGACGAUUAUGGUCCGGAAUCAAGAGGUUUCGUAGAGAACUCUUACCUGGCCGGUUUAACACCAUCUGAGUUUUAUUUCCACGCUAUGGGAGGUCGUGAAGGUCUUAUCGAUACAGCUGUCAAAACUGCCGAGACUGGGUAUAUUCAGCGGCGUUUGAUAAAGGCUAUGGAAUCUGUUAUGGUGCAUUAUGAUGGCACAGUCCGAAAUUCGGUUGGACAACUGAUUCAACUAAGAUAUGGUGAGGAUGGUUUAGCUGGAGAAACAGUAGAGUUCCAAAACAUGCCCACUGUAAAGUUAUCCAACAAGGCAUUUGAAAAGAAAUUUAAGUUCGACCCAACCAAUGAAAGGUAUUUGAAGAGAAUUUUCCAUGAAGAUAUUAUAAAAGAACUAACGGAGUCGGGUUACGUGAUUGCCGACUUGGAAAGCGAAUGGGAACAGCUUUGCAAAGAUCGUGAAAUAUUGCGACAAAUUUUCCCUAGCGGUGAAUCUAAAGUUGUAUUGCCGUGCAACUUCAGAAGAAUGAUUUGGAAUGUUCAAAAGAUUUUCCACAUCAAUAAGAGAAUGUCAACAGAUUUAAGUCCGAUAAAAGUGAUACAAGGCGUGAAAGAUCUUUUGAAGAAAUGUGUCAUUGUCGCUGGUGAAGAUCGUUUGUCUAAACAAGCGAAUGAAAAUGCAACCUUACUCUUCCAAUGUUUAGUAAGAUCUACUUUUUGCACGAAGUAUGUAUCUGAAGAUUACAGACUAUCAAGUGAAGCUUUCGAAUGGUUGAUUGGAGAAAUUGAAACAAGAUUCCAACAAGCACAAGUCAACCCAGGUGAAAUGGUUGGGGCCUUGGCAGCCCAGUCUCUUGGAGAGCCGGCUACUCAGAUGACAUUGAAUACCUUCCACUUUGCCGGUGUGUCAUCCAAAAACGUAACUCUUGGUGUACCGCGUCUAAAAGAAAUCAUUAACAUAUCAAAGAAACCAAAAGCACCAUCUCUAACAGUAUUCCUUACUGGAGGCGCGGCCAGAGAUGCAGAAAAAGCUAAGAAUGUUCUGUGUCGAUUGGAACACACGACAUUGCGUAAAGUCACAGCCAAUACCGCUAUCUACUACGAUCCAGACCCUCAGAACACAGUUAUUGCUGAAGAUCAAGAGUUUGUUAAUGUUUAUUAUGAAAUGCCUGAUUUUGAUCCAACAAAGAUUUCACCUUGGCUAUUGCGUAUUGAACUGGACCGCAAGAGAAUGACAGACAAGAAGCUGACGAUGGAACAGAUCGCUGAGAAGAUUAACGCUGGGUUCGGGGAUGAUCUCAAUUGUAUUUUCAAUGACGAUAAUGCUGAAAAAUUGGUUUUGCGAAUAAGAAUUAUGAACAACGAGGAGAGCAAAUUCCAAGACAACGACGAAGAAACGGUCGAUAAAAUGGAAGACGAUAUGUUCCUUAGAUGUAUUGAAGCGAACAUGUUAUCGGACAUGACUUUACAGGGUAUUGAGGCUAUAGCAAAAGUGUACAUGCACUUGCCGCAGACUGAAGCGAAGAAACGCAUUAUUAUAACAGAUCAAGGCGAAUUUAAAGCGAUCGCAGAGUGGCUUUUGGAAACAGAUGGUACUUCACUUAUGAAAGUACUGUCAGAACGAGACGUAGAUCCAGUGCGGACAUUCAGUAACGAUAUUUGUGAGAUAUUCCAAGUGCUAGGUAUAGAGGCUGUGCGGAAGUCAGUCGAGAAGGAAAUGAAUGCUGUGUUGCAAUUCUAUGGUCUUUAUGUAAACUACAGACAUCUCGCUUUGCUUUGUGACGUGAUGACUGCCAAAGGUCAUCUUAUGGCUAUAACACGUCACGGUAUUAACAGACAAGAUACCGGAGCACUCAUGAGGUGUUCUUUUGAAGAGACUGUAGAUGUUUUACUUGAUGCGGCUAGUCACGCUGAAGUUGAUCCUAUGAGAGGCGUUUCUGAAAAUAUUAUCAUGGGGCAAUUGCCGCGAAUGGGAACCGGUUGUUUCGAUUUAUUACUGGAUGCUGAGAAAUGUAAACAUGGAAUGGAAAUGGGCGGUCUAGGUGUCGGAAUGGGAGUCGCAGGUGGGAUGUAUUUCGGUGUCGGCACACCUUCCAUGACACCACUGAUGACGCCCUGGUCAAACCAAAACACUCCCGGAUAUGGCAGCAGUGUUUGGUCGCCUGGUCAAGUUGGAAGCAGCAUGACACCAGGAGGGCCAUCAUUCUCGCCGUCAGGAGCAUCAGACGCGUCAGGGUUGUCACCUGCUUAUAGCAGUUCAUGGUCGCCACAACCAGGGUCACCAGGUUCCCCGGGCGCUCCGUUAUCACCUUACGCCUCGCCAGCGGGAGCGUCUCCCUCGUAUUCUCCCACCAGUCCAGUAUAUGCUGCUCCCUCACCCAGUGUCACGCCGUCCUCGCCAGUCUAUUCCCCCACCGGACCUUCUUACUCUCUAACAUCACACAAUUACUCACCAACGUCACCGAUCUAUUCGCCGAACUCGCCGAGAUACUCACCAAGGUAUUCGCCAACGUCCCCCGGCUAUUCCCCCCCGUCACCAAGAUACUCCCCAACAUCUCCAAGCUAUUCGCCAACCAGCCCGGCGUAUUCACCAAACUCUCCGAGCUAUUCGGUGAAAUCACAAGACUAUUCACCGACUAGUCCGAACUAUUCUCCCGCAAGUACAUCUUAUUCACCGAGCGGGCCCGUGUAUUCUGUCAACUCGCAAGGAUAUUCGCCAUCGUCUCUAAAUUACUCCCCCAGUAAUCUUGUUUAUAGUCCGACCUCACAAAACUACUCUCCCUCAUCACCGAAUUACACCCCUCCGGCACCACCGUACUCACCGACGAGCCAUUCAUAUUCAUUGCCCUAUUCACCGGCAUCUCCAAGUAUUUCUCCGUCAUCGCCGAAAUAUUCACCAUCACCGAAUUAUUCGCCGACAUCACCAUCGGUUUCCGGAGGAAGUCCCACAUAUUCGCCGACAAGCCAUCAAUACGGGCCGAAGAGUCCUCAAUAUUCCCCGUCGAGCACAGCGUACUCGCCUUCGUCACCUCAACAUCCGGGCAGUGCGAGAUAUUCACCAUCAUCGCGGAACUACUUGUCAUCUUCACCACAAUAUUCCCCAUCAUCUCCCAGAUAUUCACCGUCUUCUAAUAAAUAUUCUCCGACUAAUAUAACCUACACUCCGACAUCUUCUAAUUAUUCACCAUCUUCACCGGCGUAUUCAUCUUCGUCCGGUCCAUCCAAAUAUUCGCCGACAUCACCAAAUUAUUCGCCGACCUCCCCGUCUCAUGACGAUCUUGAUGAUUAGAUGUUAAGCCAACAGUUUGUAAAGCUAUAAGAUAGAAUAAGAUUUAUGAUAUAAUUAAAAAAAUAUAAAUGGAAUGCAACAAAGAACUAUAAGAGUGCAUUUAUGUAUUUUACACUACGGCACAUUUUUUUUUUAAUAUAAUUAACAUAAAAAUUAUUGUGUUAAUAGUAAAAUUCAUUCAUGUAGAAUAUUUUGAAUUGUGUACUAGAAAAAAUAAUAAUUUAGUUUAAACAUUGCUUUUUAGUUAUUUAACGGUGAAAGGUUCGAUUAAAAACCGUAUGAAAUACAGUAGUGAUGUAAGUAGACCGGAGUCACUUCAACGUUUUUAUAUCAGAAUGAACAUAUUGAGAUAUAAAAUAUUUUCUAAACUUCAAAAAUGACAUGUUAAGUAUUUAAUAAACAUUUUAAGUUUCUUUUAGUAUAAGUAUUGUGAUUUAAAUAAACAUUUACUUUACGCA